UCUCAUCUGUGAUAUCACGGAGUCCCAUAAGAUGCAAUGUCUAUUCCGUGCCUCAUCUGUGUCACAGAUCUAUGAUUUUGAUCACAAAUAAGCCUCGUUUGUAUUAGAAGCAGUUUCGUCAUCCAUGACGAAUUAACAAGCAAAUCCAUCGGUAAAACAGUACAGUAACGUCUCGAAUUACUUCUUGCCGUUUGUGUCGUAUUCGUCGAGUCACGUCACACAUAGUUUCCGAAGAAAAUUUCAACAAAAAUGGCAUUCGCUUGUGGUACAUGUGAAACACCGGGCUGUAAAACUAUAGCCAGCCUCCAAUGUCCAACUUGUCUGAAAAUUGGAAUACAGGGCUCCUAUUUCUGUACUCAGGAUUGUUUUAAACGAAGCUGGAAAACACACAAAGUCAUUCAUCAAUUGGCGAAAGGAAUAGGUGGAGAUAAAUCUUCGAACGAGUAUAACCCAUGGCCUUUCUAUCAUUAUACCGGUAAAUUACGUCCUUACAAGAGAGAACCUCGUCGGGAAGUACCCGAACAUAUCAAACGUCCAGAUUAUGCUACACAUCCAACUGGUUUGUCUGUAAGCGAGCAAUCGGUACGAGGUUCUGCGCAAAUAAAAAUCCUUGAUGAUGAGGAAAUUGAGGGCAUGCGAGUAGCUUGUAAGCUUGGACGAGAAGUCUUGGACGAGGCUGCACGUGCUUGUGAUGUAGGUGUUACUACAGCAGAGAUAGAUAGAGCAGUUCACGAAGCUUGUAUCGAAAGAGACUGCUAUCCAUCUCCACUGAACUAUUAUCAAUUCCCAGCUAGUUGUUGCACUUCUGUUAACGAAGUGAUAUGCCAUGGUAUUCCUGAUACUAGGCCGCUUGAAGAUGGAGAUAUUUGCAAUGUUGAUGUAACUGUAUAUCAUAAUGGAUUUCAUGGUGACUUAAAUGAGACGUUUCUAGUCGGUAGUGUAAAACCCGAAGUGAAAAAAUUAGUUGAAGUUACGUACGAGUGUUUAUCGAAAGCUAUAGAUAUCGUACGGCCUGGUGAAAAGUAUAGGGAAAUUGGAAAUAUUAUUCAGAAACAUGCACAAGCGCAUGGAUUCAGUGUAGUUCGUAGUUAUUGCGGUCAUGGAAUUCAUCGUUUAUUCCACACUGCGCCAAGCGUACCUCAUUAUGCGAAAAACAAGGCUGUGGGUGUUAUGAAACCGGGACACUGUUUUACUAUAGAACCAAUGAUAUCUCAAGGUACAUGGAGAGAUGAGAUGUGGCCUGAUACUUGGACAGCAGUUACCGCGGAUGGUCAAUGGUCGGCACAAUUCGAACACACGCUAUUAGUUACCGAAACUGGUUGCGACAUUCUUACGAAACGACUGGCAAAUGAUGGCAAGCCGUGGUUUAUGGAUCGGUCAUAGUAGUAUUCUAUUGUAAAUUACCGCCAGUUUAUGUCAUCUCAAAUUUUGUGAAUACGCAAUCACUAUACUGCUUAAAAAAUCUUUGUAAUUUUAUUCGUGA